AUGGGACGACUGUGGAUUAAUGCACUUCGUGUAAAUUGGCUAGAAGUUCGGCAGCUGUCAGACGGUUCUUCACAACUACAAGUCAUUCUGGACAAGAAUGAAGAGGUUUUCUGUGAGGAAUUGGGCAGCAUGAAGGACAUUACAGUGAAAUUGCACAUUAAACCAGGAAGCAAACCUGUGUUUAUGAAGGCUAGGACAGUGCCAUAUGCUAUUCGUGACAAAGUCGAGGCUGACCUGGAUGCGUUGGUCAAAAGUGGUGUUUUGGAACCAGUCACCACCAGCGAAUGGGCGACACCAAUUGUGCCGGUUCCGAAAAAAAAUAGCGGAAUUCGCACAUGUGGCGAUGUUAAAGUGACUUUGAAUCCGGUGCUUUGUGUGGAGCAGUACCCACUUCCAUUGAUCGAUGAUUUGUUUGCAGGUCUGAGCAGUGGUCAAAAAUUGAGCAAAAUUGACCUCAACCAAGCUUAUCUGCAGAUGCAUGUGGAUGAAGAAUCACGGGAGUGGCUGACAAUUAACAUGCACAAGGGACUUUUCAGAUAUUGCAGAUUACCUUUUGGCAUCACAUCUGCUCCUGCUCUGUUUCAACGGGCUAUGGAUCAAAUUUUGAGUGGAUUGCCAGGAGUACAAUGUUACUUGGAUGACAUUCUCUUCACCGGUGCCAACGACGAGGAGCAUCUUCGCAACCUGGAUGCUGUCUUAAAAAGGCAGUAUGGUCUUCGAGUGCGCAAGGAAAAAUGUGAAUUUUUGAGACCAUCGGUGGAGUAUCUCGGGCAUGUGAUAGACCACGAAGGACUACACAAGGCUCCAUCAAAGACAAAGGCAAUUGUGGAUGCACCCGUCCCAGAAAAUGUGAGUCAGCUUAGAUCUUUUUUAGGAAUCCCUUCACUGGCUGCUGCAAGUCUUCAGAGGUGGGCUUUGUUGUUAUCAGCUCACUCAUACGACAUCAAGUAUCGUAAAUCUGAUUUGCAUUGCAAUGCUGAUGGACUUUCGAGAAUCGAGAAUGGAACGCACCGUAUACACUGGCCCACCGUCGACCACACGAGGAGCAGGAGGAGCCACUGGCGGGGGGUUCAAGGGACUGGUGGAGACCGGCUUGAGCAGGGAGACGUGGAAAACCGGGUGGACUUUCAUGGAGCUCAGAAGCUUCAGCCUGACGGAGACCGGAUUCACCACAGCAUCCACAGCGAACGGACCGACGUAUCUCGGGCUCAGCUUCUUAGAAGUCCCAGCGAGGUGCAAAUCUCGUGA